AUGGCCUCUCGAACUGUUGAACACAAUAUUAAAAAUUUAUUUUUCUUUAUUCGAUUAGCAGACAAAAAUCAAGCCAUUCUUGAAUACAAAAAAUUGCCUAAUCAAAUUUUAGAAUUGUAUCAUACAGAAGUUCCAAAAGAGUUUGGAGGGAAAGGAAUUGCUAAAGAUUUAGUUAAAGGAGCCUUUCGUUAUUGUAUUGACAAUAAUUACAAAAUUUAUCCAACUUGCUCUUAUGUACAAAAAUAUAGUAAAGAUUUGGCAACUGAAGAAGAAAAGAAAAUUGUUGUCAAUGAUUUAAAAUAG